AUGACUUCGCAGGCAGACUACAAAGAUCGCCAGUUUCUGGCCGUUAUCGGAGAUGAAGACUCUGUAACAGGUCUGCUUCUUGCAGGUAUUGGACACGUCUCUACUGGCGCCGAUGCUCAAAAGAACUUCCUUGUUGUAGACGGCAAAACCGACACAUCUGCCAUUGAGGCAGCCUUCGACCGAUUUACAGAGGAACGAAAAGAUAUUGGCAUCGUUCUCAUCAACCAACAUAUCGCCGAUCGAAUCCGACAUCGUGUUGAUACCUAUACUGCGGCUUUCCCUGCCGUAUUGGAGAUUCCAAGCAAAGACCACCCCUACGACCCCGAGAAGGACAGUGUAUUGCGACGAGUGCGACGUCUGUUUGGAGAGUAG